AAAAAAAAAAAAAUCAAAAAAUCAAAAAAUCGAAGGAUUCCCAACCAGGCGCGUCGAUGCAAGCCCACCCGCACGCCUGGGCCGCCCCUGCGGGCAGCGCCGUCGCCGGCGCCGGCGGCACGCCGGGGACUUCCAGCUACCACCAGCCGACAACCCUGGAAGAGGUCCGAACCCUCUGGAUCGGCGACCUCCAGUACUGGGUCGACGAGAGCUACCUCCACGGCUGCUUCGCCCACACCGGAGAGGUAGUGUCAGUAAAGAUCAUUCGUAACAAGAUAACGGGGCUUCCGGAAGGCUAUGGCUUUAUAGAAUUUGUCUCUCAUGAAGCUGCAGAAAGAAUUUUGCAGACAUAUAAUGGGCUACAGAUGCCUGGAACAGAGCAGACUUUUAGGCUGAAUUGGGCCUCUUUUGGUAUGGGCGAAAGACGUGGUGAUCCUGCGGCUGAUCAUUCUAUUUUUGUAGGGGAUUUAGCACCUGAUGUGACAGAUUACAUGUUACAAGAAACCUUUCGGACCCAUUAUUCUUCAGUCAGAGGGGCGAAGGUUGUGACUGAUCCAAAUACAGGACGUUCAAAGGGAUAUGGUUUUGUUAAAUUUGCUGAUGAGGCAGAGAAGAAUCGUGCAAUGACUGAGAUGAAUGGUGUUUAUUGCUCAACUAGGCCUAUGCGGAUUAGUGCGGCCACACCGAAGAAAACAACUGGGGUUCAGAUACAGUAUCCAGCUGCUAGAGCAAUUUAUCCUGCGCCAGCUUAUACAACGCCUCAGCUUGCCCCAGUUCUGCCAGACCCUGACGUAAUGAAUACAACUAUAUUUAUUGGCAAUUUGGACCCUAAUAUCACGGAGGAAGAGUUGAAGCAGAUUUGUGCGCAGUUUGGGGAGCUUGUCUAUGCUAAGAUCCCAGCUGGAAAAGGAUGUGGUUUCGUGCAGUUUGUCUCAAGGGCAUCUGCUGAAGAAGCUGUACAAAGGCUUCAUGGCACGAUGAUUGGUCAACAAAUUGUGAGGCUUUCAUGGGGUCGAAGCCCAGCAAAUAAGCAGGAUGCAUCUGCAGCAUGGGGUCAGCAAACUGAUCCUAGCCAGUGGGCUGCUUACUACGGCUAUGGGUAUGAUGCAUAUGCAUACGGGGUAGCGCAAGAUCCAUCAUAUGCUUAUGGUGCUUAUGCUGGAUAUGGGCAAUAUCCUCAGCAGGUCGAAGGAGCACCAGAAAUGACAUCUAUAGUUGGUUCUUUUCCGAGCGUGGAGCAGAAGGAAGAAACAUACGAUCCAUUGGCGAUACCCGAUGUGGACAAGUUAAACAGUGCGUAUCUUGCUGUUCAUGGAAAUACGAUGUUCGGGAGGCCCUUAUGGUUGAAGACCUCUUCAUUGUCGCAAUUAGCUUGAGUAACUGGCUUUUUACCUUUUAGGAGUGCUUUUAGUGCAGAGAAUCCCACUCAAGAGCUUAUGGCUAGUUGUGAUAAUCCGCUGUUUUUAGCAUACACUAAGCCUGUUUGAUUGAUUAUAAACUCUGAUUUCUGUGUUAUUCGCUCCGGAAAAAGAGAAAAAUAAGUGUGCGAGUUUUAUCCGUGCUCUGUGGGUGCAUUUUCAUUGUCAGCUCUUUCCUGAUUGAGUUGGAAAGCCGAGGGUUGUAUUGAUAGGCAAAUAUAGCAAAUACUACUGGAACUUGAAGCGUAUUAGCUGUGCAGAGUGCUGUUUCAGUGAACCAGUGGUACUGGGCUACUAGUCAUUUUUUA